GCCUCCGUCCCGUGGGUCGCAUCGCCGCAGAGACCCAUUGACACCAUCAGACCACCAGUCACAGAUCUAUCUCCUUCCUUCCUCCUCACGGACCUCCGCAGAAACCCACCACAAAAUCGCGCAUCCGCCCGCACGAAUCUCCUCACGCCAUGGCUUUCUAUCGGAACCCCGACGCCCCGGCGGCGGCGGCGCCGGUGGCGCCCCCUGAGGUUCAAACCCCAAACCCUAGCAUUGUCCCCGGCGUCCCACCAUCGCCGGAGAUGGAGGCCACGGCGGAGGCGCUCACGCGGGAGGAGGUCCUCCGCCGGCGGCGCCGGCGCGCGGCCAGGCUUGCGGGCGUAUACCGCCGGCUUUACUGGGCAAUUGCCGAGGAGGUGCGCGCUCGGCACCGGCAGUAUGUCUGGGACCUCGCCCGGAGCCCGCUCGAGGCGGAGCAGCCGCCGCCCCCUCCCGGAGCUCCUAUCCCCGCUGUGGGGGAGCCGCCGCGGCUGGCGCCGGUGCCGAGGAGGAAGAAGUGCGGGUUCACGGGGUGCAAAGUGCGGGCCAUGGCCACGGCCCGGUUCUGCCACUCCCACAUCCUCUCGGAUCCCAAACAGGUGCUCUACAAGCCCUGCGCCUACAUCACUAAAAGUGGGGUACAGGGCGGGCUUGUCACCUGUGGCAGGCCAAUCAUAAAGUCUGCAGCUCCCUCAUUCUGCAAUAUUCACUUGCAAAGAAGUCAGAAGAGCAUUGCACAAGCUUAUAGGAAGGUUGGUUUUAACCCACCCCUUACAGCCAAGGUCACCCCAAAGUUCAGUGUUUUGGUUGCUGAAUGUGUUCUUCAGAUCCAAGACAAAAGGAGACAAUCACUUAAAGCUGCAGCACGACAGAAAUGCACUAGAGAUGGAAAAGUUGACUGACCCAUACCUUGAUAACCAUUAUAUUUCAGGCAUUCUUCUGAGGUUUACCCGAAGUAUGAUAGCGUGCUCUGCCAGAUUACUGCUGUCACUCUUUGUUGAAUGACAUGAAUACUGGAAACUUACAUGACAUACAUGAAUUAAAGUUUAAAGUGUCAUUGGAAGAAUUGAUAUCUCAGGAAUGAUCUAGUAACAUAUUUGAAUUGAAAACUUGAAGGAACAAAGCUUGUGGUGAUCAAGUAUCAACUGUGAGGGCAUGCACUUACAGAUUUCUCAGGGGUUCUAUCUUUUUGCGCGGGCAGUCUAUCAUAAGCUUUACAAGUUGCUGUACGUGCACAGCAGGACUGAAUGGUUGAUUCGAUGUGUUGAACCAUCAUCUACGUGUUGGUACUAUUGUACCCAACACCUAUCUACAUGGACUCGAAUCAAAAUCAUGGUGACUUGAAGUUUUCACAAGUUUUAUUCUGAUCUGGAUUCCAUGUUGUGAGUUACACAGAUCUGAAUUUCAAUCCGUGUGUUUGGUCAUGUAUAUAGAUUAGCGGUGGUCUAAAUGUUUAGCAUGGUGCAGUCAGUAUAAAAAAUGUGCAUAAUGGAGAAAACAGAAUUAUUUCUUGCCAAUUGGAGAUUCAAUGUAUGAGCUUGAUGUGUACUUUGCAAAGAUGUAUGCGAGAUUUGUACUUUCACGGCAAA